GUUUUCUGUGGUGCGUAUUUUCAAAUAACUUUUUAUAAAUUAACAUUUUGGUAAUAUUACUGUUGAUCUAAAACAUUGAAUUCUUUUUUUAAUUUGUCUUGAGGCGCAGUUUGUGUGCGCGGCUCCUUUAAUUUCUGAGCCGAUUUCUAGAGAGCAGAAAGAUUCUACGGGCUCAGCGAUCCUCCCCCCUGAUGGAUUAUUUAGAAGGUGCUCAGUCCCAUGUUGGCAUCUGCUAUAGAAAGAAAAACACUGCUGUACUCCGAGACGUGUAGAACGCAUCACCACAGCACGGGUACAGGUAACCACCUUGACUAGUUUAGUGGCUGAAAGAUCUGGAGGCAGACUGAGGAGCGGAGAACACGGUCAGUUAUGAGAAUGAAGGAUGGACUGAGUUCUCUCAUGUAAGAACUUCUUCUCAGACUUUUUUCUUGCUUCUGAUCAUCGCCCUGAAGACUUUGAUGGACUGAAAGGCUGACCCAACUCUAACCCGGUGACUGGCAUGGUCUGAGGCCUCAUGCGCGCGCGGCGCUGACCCCAACUGCCCGGGGGACUAAUCGGGGUCAGUUAAAGGAGCGGCUGCGGCGCCGUCAUGGUGGCGGAGGGCGACAGGACGCUGCUCGCUGCGAGGCAGGGGGACGUGCAGACUCUCAAAGUGCAGUUUGCUGCAAAGGUGCUGAACAGCGGCAUUAAGGAUGCGCUGGGCGCCUCGCCCGUCCACCACGCAGCCCGAGCCGGGAAGCUGACCUGCGUGCGCUUCUUGGUGGAAGAGGCGGGCCUGCCUGGAAACUCCAUUGCGAACAACGGAGCGACUCCAGCGCACGACGCAGCGGCUACUGGGAACCUGACCUGCCUCCAAUGGCUGCUCACUCAGGGGGGGUGUCGACCACAGGACAGAGACAGUUCUGGCGCCACUGUUCUCCAUUUGGCUUCCCGCUUCAGUCACCAUGAAAUCACUGAGUGGUUGCUGAAGAGUGGUGAGGUGGACCCUGGAGUGUCCACUGAUACAGGCGCUUUACCUGUUCAUUACGCUUCUGCCAAGGGGGACCUGCCCUCCCUCCGACUGUUACUGGGACACAGCCCAAAUCUUGUCAACACUCAAACUAAGAAUGGUGCCACACCGCUCUACCUGGCCUGCCAAGAGGGUCACCUGGAAGUAGUCCAGUACUUGGUCAAGAAUUGUGGGGCGGAUCCAAGCAUCAGAGCCAAUGAUGGGAUGACCCCUCUGCAUGCUGCUGCUCAGAUGGGGCACAACACCGUCAUUGUCUGGCUGACGAGCUUCACUGAGAUCAGCCUGACAGACAAGGACAGCGAUGGAGCCACAGCCAUGCACUUUGCUGCCAGCCGAGGCCACGCCAAAGUGCUCAGCUGGCUGCUGCUGCAUGGAGGGGAGAUUGUCAUCGACCACUGGGGAGGGACCCCACUUCAUGAUGCAGCAGAGAAUGGUGAACUGGAGUGCUGUCAGAUUCUUGUAGUGAAUGGAGUGGAUCUGGGUAUAAGAGAUCAGGAUGGCUUCACAGCGGCAGACCUGGCAGAAUACAAUGGCCAAUCACAGUGCGCAAAAUAUCUGCGCACAGUGGAGAACAUGAGUGUGGAGCACCGCGUUUUGUCUCGGGACCCCUCUACAGAUCUGGAGUACAAGCAGCCCGACUCAGGGCUCUCCUCUCCCAACACUACCAUGCCUCCCCCCAGCCAAACAGCACACUUUGAUAUCGGUUCACCUUCAAGUUCUCUGUCCAACUACAACUCAGCCAGCUCCAGCCAGUCCAGCACCGGGGAGAAGAGGAGCAGCUUAACGAUGCCGCGAGGCCCUCCCACUCAGCUGAAUGCAGUUGCACAUCCAGGUGCAUCAGAGUCGGCCAUUUCGGACAUGCAGGCCUAUAUGGACAUGCUGAACCCAGACAUCAAUGCAGACUCCAAGAACGAGAUGCAUUUUGACGCUACAUCUAAAGCCCCGCCUCCUCCCGCUUUCCCACCACCACCACCACCUCCCCCACACUCUCCCCCAGCGCCCCCUCCGCCUCCGAGCUACCCAGCACCUCAGCCCCCCAAGGAGCCAACAUCAGCCGAGUUCCUCAAGGUGAAGAGCAACUUGCGGCAUGUACAGGGCAGCACAAGCAAAACAGAGCUGAAACCUGGAGAAAACCACGAUAGACUGCACCGUGUGGAUUCAAACAGAAGGUCCAGGAGCUUCAGUAAGCAGCCUAGCACUGGGGACUACUACAAGAGUCUGGGCAACGACACGGCCGAGCCUCGUGGGAGCAUGGCACCCAAUGAGGAGGGUUCCCUUUUACUAGAGGAGCCCACCGAUAGUCCGGCCCACAGCUCUGAAAAUGGCGCCACGGAGGAAUCUCCCCCGCCGCCUCCACCUCCACCACCCCCACCACCUCCACCUACCACAAGUGACGCAAUGCCAACACCCCCUCCACCUCCACCGCUACCUCCAGGGACACAAACCACUCAGAAUAAUGCCAGCGGUACCUCCACCAAUCAUCGUCGCCCAUCUUCCUCAUCAGGAAGUGGAGACAUUUCUGCCUCUCAGGCGGAAGGAGGAUCACUUAAACAGAUAAAGAGCACAAAGUCUUUCAACAUGAUGUCCCCCACUGGUGACAACUCAGAGCUGCUGGCAGAGAUCAAAGCAGGAAAAAGCCUCAAGCCCACGCCGCACAGUAAAGGCUACACUACUGUUUUUUCUAACAGCGGACCCACAGGAAACAAUGAAACAACACCUCCAGAGACACGAUCAUCCUCCCCACCUGCCAAACCGUCGUCUCCUCCUCAAUCCCACACUCCUGUCACCUCGCCUCCCAUUACUCCGAGCCCCAGCCCUAGUCCCACCGGCUCUGGGUCCUCCAGGACCAUGUCGGCCUCCGCAAGUUACGAGCAACUGUCCUCCAACUCUAUGAUCAAUGGGAACGGCGGCAGUGGUGGUGGCUCAGCAAAAGCAGAGCCGGGGAGAAAGACCAGCCUGGCAGAUAUUGAGGCACUGGUGCCCACUCAUGAUGAACAGGGGAAAGCCAUUCCUGAAUGGAAGAGGCAAGUGAUGGUCAGGAAGCUUCAGGCGAAGAUGCAAGAGGAGGAAGACUACAAACGCAAGGCUGAGGAGGAGGCCGCACGCCUGGCCUCAAUGCCAGCCUGGAGGAGAGACAUGAUGAAGAAGAAAAUGGAUGAGGAGAGAUGUGACAGGGAACAAAAAAGAAAAGCAGAACAGCAGGCCAAGCAGGCAAAAGAGUCAGAAGAGAAGCAGGAGCUGGAGCGGCUACGGACCUUGGGUUAUGAUGAGACCAAGCUGGCCCCCUGGCAAAGGCAGAUUCUUCUGAAGAAAGGAGAUAUAGCCAAAAAGUGAAUUUCUCAUUUCCUUCCCUCAUCCUCCAACUCCCAGCAGACAGCUGGAUCAGCCUGUCUCCAUCAGCUGUCACUCCUCAGCCUCAUGUAACAAAGGUUAAUGUGAUGGUUGCUGCUGUCCUCACAAGCUUUGCGGUUCAGAUCGAAUCCCAAAAGUCUCAAGCCAGCAAACUCUUUUAGCACAUUUCAGACAUGAACUGGUUCUUCUUACUACAGAUGUUUAUAUAAGAAUCUAUUUUCCGGAAAAUCACUAGAAACUAUUUUAUGUAGAACACUAAAGACCUGUGAUAGAUUUACAACCACUUUUCAAAAGCCUGUCAUUGAAUUUAUACUGUCCCGUUGUUAAUGCCGCUGAAUGUUCUUGCAAAGAGCUACAACAGCUAGAGUUAAAAAAUGGAAAACUCAGCAAAGGAGAAGCAGCUAAGGUAAUUGAUUGUGUCACAACUUGCCCAUGUCAAAGACAUGACAUUUGUGUGUGAAGCUCACAGAAAGGUGUUGCGGUUUACUAUUGUGCAAAUGUCACAAUAAUUCUGUAAGCCACACCCUAAAAACCGUCUUACCAGUAAAGAUAGUAAUUUGAGUUUUACUUUUAAUUGCACCAAAAACAUUUUAGUAGUUUAUUUUGUAAUGUGAUCAUUCCCUAAGAAAUUGUAGACUAUUAAUUAAUUUCCCCCAAAUCAGAAGUAAAAGGUAAAUUUUUGUGCUUGAAUGAGAGAUGUUGAGUUACACAUUAAUACUGUUGUGGAUUUUUAGCCACUUUGGAUUAUUUUAAAAGAAAAACAUUCAACAAAAAACAAUAUAUGUCCAUAAUAUAAUUAUUUGAACUGCACAGAUAUUCCACAGGCAGGGAAGUGACAUCAGUUUGCCCUGUGCCCUGGUGUUCUGGCCUCUGUCCCACCUACCUGGAGGAUAAAUAUUGGAUGAGAAGAACUGCUCACACAGUGGCCUCUUUGUGCCACAGACAUAUAGCUAAAUAUGUUGUUCCUUAGAUGAAGCCAGCUACUUUUUUAUAGCAACAUUCAGUCUUUUUUUUUUCAGAAACGUUGGUAAAACAGCUAAUUCUAAUUUGGUAUAAAAAGGAUUGUUAUGUAGUACAUUGCAUAUUUCAACUCACUUUAGAGUUAACAUUUUAAACGUGCAGUUUAUUCUUUCUAAUAUCAAGUCUUAGAAUCCAUAAUUGGUCAAGAGAAGGUAUUACAACCUUUUGCUUAUUUUUGAUCUAAUGACACAUUUCUGGUUAUUGUUUGAAGAUUGUUAAUCUUACCAACACAAGCAUUCCUCCUUGUAAUUAUGACCAUUUUGUCCUAAUAGAUGUUGGAAAAUGUUUCCAUCUUCUUUCCAGGAUGUACAUUUUCAGUUAAAUAAAUUACAAAUAUGGUUAAUCAUUUGGAAACAUUCAGAUUCACUUCAUCAGAUGCCAUAUUAAAAGUAAAAAUAAUGUUCAUCUCAUUGCCAUUUGAAUUUUCUAUGGAUAUUUUAAAUCACAUAUAUGUAUGCAAACUGUACAUAAAAACCCUCAGAUUUUAUUCAUUUCAUUAUUUCAAUAUUGCAUAAUAUUAAAUGUCUCAGCCUUGCUUAAAUAGAAUGUUGUCUUAAUUUAAAAGUGUAUUUUCAGACUGUUAAAUAAAAAUACAAUAAAUAUGUGAUCAACAUA